AGACAAAGGUUUCAGAAAAUGGCUUCACCGCCUGUGCUCUAUUCAGAAUGGAUCCGUCAGUAGGGUAAAUGCAUAUUUGCGGGUAGAUGUUUUAUUUUCCCUGGUAACGUGACCGGGACCGGCCCAGUGAUGAUGUUCCAGUAUUAUUGGUGUCGCCGCCGAUCGAUCCCCUGGUCCUGCAGGUUGUGUUGUGAUGGUGAUGUAUGUGAUGUUACAACAUUUUCCUGGAAGCCACACCUAGGAAUGAUGACGAAAUCUUAGAAUGCUUAACCGGACUCCUGCAUCACCGGAAACUGUGUAGUAAUGUGGCUGGUAGCAGCAAUUCCGCCGGAUGUAGAAUGUUUCCCCGGCUGCCCACAGUGUACAGAUUUCUUUGUGUGUGCCUCGUUCUGAGUGUGAUAUUGUACACGUUUCUGAUACAAAGGACCAGUAAAACGGUUGUCUCCUCGGCUAAACUUCCCUGGCAAGAAUACGUCAUCAACAAUCCCAAAUUCGAUAAUGUAGAACUCAUCCCGCGCAAACCGGAAACUACAACUUUCAACCGUCCGAACCCGCAGAAAAAGCAGACGACAGAUUGGAUUGUCGUGAACACUACACCCGCUGACCAGGUUGUUAACCCACACAAUUUUGGAUAUUUGUUAAAUCCGGACGAAAUAUGUGAAGGGAAUGUGUAUCUCAUCAUAUACGUGCACACAGCACCGCCGAAUUUCCACAAACGUCAAAUGCUUCGACAAACUUGGGGACAAAAAUCUAUCUUGCAUCAAUACAGAUCCAAAAUGGUGUUCGUUAUGGGAGCCGUAGCGGAUCGUCGCGUGAUGGAGAAAGUUAAAAUGGAGCAUGCGCACUACGGGGAUGUCGUGCAGAAGGAUUUCGUGGACUCUUACCGGAAUCUAACAUAUAAGGGCAUCGCGGCACUAAACUGGGUUUCUACCUAUUGUUCUAACGCCACGUAUGCCCUUAAAACAGAUGACGACAUUAUGGUAAAUAUAUUCCAACUAGUGUUCAAACUGACCUCCGAGAUCGAGAGUCGCUUUGGAACGAAAGAUUUGAUACUCUGUAACCAAUGGUUACGGAUGAAGGUUCUUCGCGACAAGAAAAGCAAAUGGUACAUUCCAAAGGAGGAUUUUGAACCAAAUUACUUCCCACCAUAUUGCUCAGGAUCAGCAUUUAUUCUCAGCAUUGACGUCAUAAAAAAGAUGUCGGCCGUUGCGAAAUACGUGCCAUUUUUCUGGGUUGACGAUUAUUACGUCACGGGUAUGCUCGCGAAACGAGUGGGCGUUACCCAAAAACGACUAAACGAAGCUUACAUUCUUAACGGCAAAGUUGUUGUGGACCGAUUUAAAAACGACACAAAUAAGAAAUUAUUAUUUUUCCACGUGGGGAAACUAAACACUAUUUAUUCCAUGUGGGACACAUUGAGAGAAAGAAUGAAAAUUCAAAGGGACAGCUUCACGUGGAAGCCUGGUAGCUGAGAUCUCGUUGUCGUAGUGUAUUAUUAGAUUUUUUCAUUGUGUCAUGAAUUUUGCUAAUCAAAUUUAAUUUUUAAAUAGUAAA